AUGCAGAUGUCCGUGAUAGCUGCUUUGGCCACUGCCUAUUUAAACGAGCGUGGUACCCGGCGCUUACUCAAGUAUAAUGAAGACUUAGUUGAGCGGGUUGUGGUUCUUUUAGAGCGGGUUCGUGAGUCGGCUACAACCAACCGAGUUCAGGCCGGCAUAUGUCGUAUGUCCGCCGAGAGAGCUGAAUGGCUGCUGACUGAGUGGCUGCUGCUCCGAUUGGAAAAGAUAAGAUCUGGCGCUGAGGUUGAAUCUAUGUCUCCGAGUGAGCAGAUUUACGCCGCGAAGUAUGCCGAACUGUGUCCAGGAGCGGCAGAAAAGCGAGAAAGAGAGUUUGCUGGUGUUUAUGUGCUAGAAGAUCGACCGGGCGCAAGUAUUGGGGGAGAAGUAAUGUCAGUAAGUGCAGGUGAUUUUCUAGUGACUGAAACGGCCAGUAUUCAAGAAUUGAUAGACGAAAUGGCUGUAAUUCUAGUAUAG